CCUAGCCAGACACAAGAUGAGCUCGUUCAUCUUUGAACUGAUUCAAUCCCCAAGGUCCGCAGUUUCUGCGGCGGUUCUUGUCGUCUCUGUCUGCUUCGUCUCGUACACCUUUGUCUAUAUUGUUUAUCAACGUUUCUUCCAUCCCUUGGCUGAAUACCCCGGCCCUUUUCUUGCGUCCAUCACAGACUUAUGGCAAGUGGCUGAAUUCCUCUCGCUGAAGCAGCCGUACUACUUGACCGCUUUACACGAGAAAUACGGCCAGUUUGUGCGGUAUGGUCCGGACAAGCUCAGCACCACAGCCGAGGAUGCCAUUCCGGUUCUCUAUCAGAAGGGCGGGAGAAUGUUCCCCAAGACGGAGUUCUACGAUGCUUAUGGUGCGGCGCAUCCUAACGUCUUUGGCAUGCGAGACGAGUCUAUGCAUUCCGUUCGAAGGCGGCAUAUGUCUCACAGCUUCUCUAUCACCUACGUGAAGAAGAUGGAGCAUUACUUGGACGAAAACAUACAGAUCCUCAAGAACAAGUUGUCCGGAUAUUGCGAUCGUGAUGAAGUCUUCGACCUUAAGAAGCUCCUGCAUUUCUACGUCAUUGACAUCCUCGGCGAAUUGGCCUUUAGCCAGUCGUUUGGCGUCCAGAUUGCUGACGACGAAGCUCUCGUUCCGCCGGUUGUCGAGCACAGCUUGCUCGCGGCAGCAACAGGCGCAUGGCCCGCCAUGACGUUUAGGCUCAAACGGUGGCUUCCAAGAUUGCCAAUACGAGGUUUACAGCGACUAUUCGAAGGCAGAGCGGCUUGUGCUGCAUUGGCGGCGUCGUGCGUCCAGAGGCGUGUUGCGGCCCUUCAGGAUGUCAAAGAUGAUGGAAGUGUUGUUGCAUCUCAAAGGAAAGACAUCCUUACAAGCUUGAUCCUCGCCGAGCAUCCCGAUACUGGCGAACGAUUGACGCAGGCGGAUCUAGAGACGGAAGCGUUUGGAUUCAUCAUUGCGGGUACGCACACAACGAGUGCUACAACGUCGCUGCUCUUCUAUCACCUAUUACACGCACCUGAGAUCAUGGCGAAAUGCAAAGCUGAGGUUGAUGCCCAACUUGCACCCCUGGGCAACGAACGGUCAGCGUAUUCCAUAACGGAGGUGGAGGCAUCACUGCCUUAUCUGCGGCAAUGCAUCAAGGAGAACUUCCGCAUUACACCAGUCUUCACUAUGCCGUUGGCUCGUCGGGUGUUGGACCCAGCAGGCGUCGUGAUAGGAGGGAGACAUAUUCCGCAGGGAACUUCCAUUGCAGUAUGCAACCACGCGUUCCAUCACAAUCCAGCUGUGUGGGGAGAAGACCACAAUACAUUCGAUCCAAGCCGAUGGGACAAACCCGAGACUGCCGCGCGGGCGAGAUACUUGAUGCAUUUCGGCUUGGGCGGCAGACAGUGCAUUGGGAAAACCGUUGCCCAAACCAAUAUAUACAAGUUGUCGAGCACUUUGUUGAGAGAGUUUGAGUUUGAGUUGGCGGGGGCGAGUGGUGGGGUGGCAGACGUUGAGAAAGGGAACAGGACUGGGAAACAGUUGCCUGAGCUAGUCAGCGUAGGCAUCAGCGACUUGCAACAUCCCUUAAUGGUGAGAGCGAAGAAGAGAACCACUGGUUGA